AUGGCGGUCGGCAGCGAAAGUCCAAUCGAACGGUUCGACCGCAUCCUGUCCUGGCAGUGCCACAUCCUCCGAAUGCUGGGCAUGGACGGGUACGGCCGCAGGCUAGAGCACAGCAAGCUGUCCGCCACGGUGAUGCUGAUGGCGGGCCUGUUCAUGGCGAUCUCGUUCUACGACGUGCUGGUGCUGUUCCGCGACGACCUGUUCGGCAAAUCGUUCGUGCUGUCCACCAUCUGCUUCGGGUGCAUCGGCUGGGGCCGCAUACUGGGCGGAUUCAGCCACCGGGACGAUCUGCCUCGGCUGAUGCGCACAGCCCGGGACACCUAUCUGCGUGCCAACCCGCAUGACGCGCGCCAGUCCGCCCUGCUGCGCUGGUACACCGACAUCUUCUGGCACGGUGUGAUGCUGUACACGAUCUUGUUUCUGUUCGGUGCGGGGAUUGCGUCCGUCGGCCCGGGGCUGCUCUACCUGUACAAUGGGGAGCGCAUACUGCCGUUUGGGGUGUACCUGCCCUUCCUCGAUCCGGACAGCACCAGCGGGUACGAGCUGAACUAUCUGUACCAGCUCAGCUGCAUCCUGUGGACGCCGCCCGGGCUGACCGCGACACAGAACAUCUACUUCGCGCUGAUCCUGAACAUCUGCAUCCAGUACGAUGUGCUCGAGCUGCACCUGGCCGAUCUGGACGCGCUGGUGAAGCGGCCGGACGCGCACGGCCGGGACCGGCUCGUCCGGCAGAAGCUGCACGAGAUCAUACUGGACCAGACGCGGCUGGAAGAGUUCGUACAGCUGAUCGAGCGCGUUUACUCGCCGCAAGCGAUCGUGGAGGUGUUGUCGCUCACGUUCCAGCUCGUCAUGACGCUGUACGUGAUGCGCACGAGCAUUUGGCUGCCGGGGCUGUUCCUGAUACCGCUCUGCACGAUACAGCUGCUGGUCUUCUGCAUCCCCGGCACGCUGAUCGAGCUGAAGGCGUCCAAGCUGACGGAAUCGAUCUACGCCACGGCCUGGCACGAGAUGCACCAGCAGAACAAGCAACUCAUUCAUCUACUGCUGCACCGCAGCCAGCAUCCGAGAGGGCUAACCUGUGCCGGCAUGGUUAGCAUCAAUAUGAAUCUGUUCCUGAAUGUUGCCAAGAAGGUGUACUCGAUCUUUAUGAUGAUGGAAAGCAUGUGA